CGGCGGAAGCGGCGGCGCGAUGCGGAGGUGGGCGGCGGCGCUGUGGGCGGCGGCGGGGCCUGGCGGCUGCCGCAGCCGCUUCGACUUCGGCGGCCGCGACGUGGCCUCCUGGUUCCCGAGGCACAUGGCCAAAGGGCUGCGGCAGAUGCGGGGCGCCCUGCGCCGCGCCGACUGCCUCAUCGAAGUGCACGACGCCCGCAUCCCGCUGUCGGGUCGUAACCCCAUGCUGCAGGAGGCACUUGGCAUCCGCCCGCACAUCCUGGUGCUGAACAAAAUGGACCUGGCUGACCCCCAUCGGCAGCUGAAAGUCUUGGAGCGGCUGAAGCAGGAGGGAUGCUCACAUGUUGUCUUCACUGACUGCCAGCGGGAUGACAACGUCAGGAAGAUUGUUCCCCUGGUUGCCAAGCUGGUCAGCAACAGCCCACGCUAUCAGAGAGCUGAGAACAUGGAGUACUGUAUCAUGGUGAUUGGUGUGCCGAACAUGGGCAAGUCAUCACUCAUCAAUUCCCUGCGAAGGCUGCACCUCAAAAAGGGGAAAGCUACUGCGGUUGGUGGCGAGCCAGGCAUCACCAAAGCGGUGCUGACCAGAAUCCAGGUCUGUGAGAAGCCCCUGAUGUACCUGGUGGACACACCUGGAGUGCUGCCUCCAAAGCUGGAGGAUGUGGAGACGGGCAUGAAGCUGGCGCUGUGUGGAGCCGUCCGUGACCACCUGGUGGGGGAGGACAUCAUGGCUGAUUACCUGCUGUACACGCUGAACAAGCAUCAGCAAUUCCGGUAUGUGCAGCGCUAUGGGCUAGGCGAGGCCUGUGAUGACAUCGAACGUGUGCUCAAGCGUGUGGCACUGACGCUGGGCAAGACGCAGAAGGUGAAGGUGCUCACAGGCACAGGGAACGUCAACGUGACAAUGCUGGACUACUCAGCUGCUGCCUACGAGCUCAUACGGGCUUUCCGGGCGGGACAUUUGGGCAGGGUGACACUGGACUGAGCCCUGCUGCCUCGUGUGGGAGAGGGCCCGUGUGUGGGCUCCCAGAGGGAGACACUGUGUGUCCCAGAAACAACAAUGUACGAAGCUCCUGACAAAUUCUGAAGGCGGCUGGGCAUCCCUCUCCUCCUAAAGAGCUGCACUGCUGUGGGGACUGUCUGAACACUGAGCCCUAUUCUCAUGUGAGUAGGGCUGCUUUUGUGUGAGCCCUGUUGUCUCCUAUGCAGCACUGAGGCCACAUGGAGCUGGUGUCUCAGCCUGGAGCUUUUUGCUCCCAAGCUGCAGUGUUACAUGAUUAAAGUGGCUUCAGUUUCUGCCUCUGCA